UAUCCGAACUCGCUCCACUUCAUCACCGUGCAUACCGAGCCCCUCCCUCCCUCCCAAUAGCGACAACGUAGUCCGUCCUUGUUGUCUCCUUCCCAUGCCGCGAAGCGCUAGGGGGCGUCUCCCCGGGGGCCACAUGUUGAACGUGUGGCUCCAGAUUCGUCUUCCCCACUCGCUUUCCCUCCCUUGGCCUACUUCUCUCUCUCUCUUCUCUCUCUCUCUUUCUCUCUCGAGCACUCUGUGCUUGCGCGAAGCUGGCGUUUCCUCGCAAAGGGGAGAUUACGAUCACCCCACUCGUUUCGCCUGCUUUGCAGAAUUGCGGCAGUACCCUCGUAUCCCGGCUCCUUUUCUAAUGGCGCUCACAACCAGCAAGCUUUCUCGAAGUCCAUCAUUGACUGAUCGGAGUACCAUCAGUAGAUCAUGUGGGACAACACCCUCUUUCGAAAGUUCGAUCCAGCUUAGUCCUGUCCACCCGAGUCAAAUUGAGCAUAGGCAUUUGCGUAGAGGACGUCUCUUGUCAGGGAAACUGAAAUCAACAAAGGAUAUCCUGCGUCACCUGUGUGGGAAACCUCUUCAUACUCGUGGUGGCACUCGGGGAUCGUCAGUCUUAUGCUUUUCCACGGGAACACCUGAUACCGAAGCAACGGAAUGUGCUAGACAGUCUGGGGAUUCUUCAAAUAUAACUAGUUCACAAAUUGGAGAAGACAAAGAUGACCUGCUAAUUGCACCAUAUGGCACUACCCAAUCAAGGCAUGGUUUAGCUGAAGCUUGCAGAUUUGUUCAGAAUGAUGCAAAGUUCGUCAAUGAAAGGGCUCGCAGUGACAUUGUCUUGCUCUCCCGUGGCAUAAUGAGAUUGGAUGCUCGUGCACGUCAAGAUGUUGCUAUCCUUAGCUCAGAGUUUCUUAAGCUCGAUGCUCGGGCGAGAGAGGAUACUGAGAAAAUUGACCGUAAAGUGAAGAAGAAAGCUGAACGGCUUAGUCAUAUUGCAACUAUCUUGAAAAACAAAGCACAGUCUAAACUAAAAACUGCUGCAGACCAGCACUGGAGUGACGGGGCUUUGGAGGCUGAUCUGCGUCUUGCUGACUUCCGUGCAAAACAGCGUGCCCUCGAAGAUUCCCUAAUGGCUUUGGAGUUUAUCAAAAACAUCCAUGACAGGAUGGUGAGCAAGAUGUACAAAUUUCCUCUGCCUUCAGAAAAUGAUUCUAUAUCAUCUAAUGAUGUGAUGGGCCGCAUAAUGCUCGAAAAGAAUGGGAAAACGCUGGAUUCCUUCCCAGGGGAAGUGUCUGCUGACCGCAUCAGUGCUAUCCAGGGAGCUUAUUGGAGUAUGGCAUCUGCACUAUCCGAAGCUGAUGGAAUAGACUACACUGAUCCUGAGGAGCUUGAGUUGCUAGUUACAACCCUCAUAGAUCUUGAUGCUAUGGAUGGUAAAAGUAGUGCGUCAUUGCUGGCAGAAUGCUCCAGUUCUCCUGACGUCAGGACUAGACGUGCCCUGGCCAAUGCAUUAGCAACAGCACCAUCCAUGUGGACACUUGGAAAUGCAGGAAUGGGAGCAUUGCAGAGAUUGGCACAAGAUAGCAAUCCAUCAAUUGCCGCCGCUGCUUCCAAAGCCAUGUAUGAAUUAAAGAAACAGUGGGAAAUAGAGGAAGGAGAUAACUGGAGGUUUACGAUGGACAAGGACCAGAAGGUGGAUGAUGCAGACACUUAGGUUUCUGGAUACUCCUCUUGUACAUAUAUGGGAAAAAGAAAGGCCCAAGUAGUUUUAGGAUGAACGCAUUAAUUGGACACACCGAAUUGCGAAGAAGAAAAGAAAUGGGUGCUCAUUAGUUGUCAGCUGACUCUGCUUUUUCCUGCUCUUUCAUUAUCAAGCAUGUCAAGAAAGCUAGGCAAGCUCAUGAUCUUUUUUCAAGAGGACGCAGUUGCAUACAUGGUAUGAAAAUGUCUUGAUGUCAUAAAGUUCAGAAACACUAUUAAAUCAGCCAGCUUCUUAUCUGUAGGAGAGGCAAAUAAGACCAAUAAUUGGCCUAUUAGAAUGUGCCUUUUAGCCUCAUGUAGUACCUGCAUGUAGAACCAAGAAGCAUCCUUUUCAGGAUUAUGGAGUGAAUAAUGAUUUUGCAGAGCACCUCUACUAA